CAUUUCCAUUUAAAUAUCACGUGACACAUUGACACUAUUUAAGCGCCUUCAUCUUGGGUUCACGUGCAAAUAUAUCCAUUUAUAUACUUAAACCACUGAAUUGUGAUAUGUUUCCUAAAUAAAAUCUCUUAAAGGAGAUCUCAGUGUGUGAGUGUGUGUGAGGGUUAUUGUUGAGUGCUGAUACUGACUGUCUGCGGCCAAUGAGCGCGUGUCUUAUUGAAGUCUUACCCGCACGAGCGCAGGAUCGGUCCAAAAUCCAGCGUAUGUCUCAGCACACGGGCGGUAAAGUCGCAGGACCGGCCAUCUGGAUCAUGUGUGUGUGAGGUGUGAGGGUGAGCCGGCACGAGGUGUCGCGUGUGUAUGUGUCAACAUUCAGAACAGAUGACUCGAGCACAGAUCGAAUCGAUUGUCAUAACUGCAGUAUGGCGGAUGACAAGGAUCCAGUGACACGGCUGAAAGAUCUGGUGCAGCUCAAAGACCAGCUGGAGGAGAUCCAGAAGAAGGUGGAGAAUGAGGUUCAGGCUGGAAUCCCGCAGGGUGGAUCACUAUUAGCGUCUCCGUUUCUGAAAGGGUUCCUGGCGGGGUACGUGGUGUCCAGACUUCGUUCUUCUGCCAUCUUGGGAGUCGCAUUGGGAACGCUCACUGGAAUCUACGCUGCUCAAAACUACCAGGUGCCCAACAUUGAGACGUCCAUACAAGACUUCCUGAACUCUCUGAAGAAAGGACCCAGUAAUUAACAGAU